GACAGACUGAAACGGACGGCUGCAGGACAAAGAACGACAGAAAAGCAGAAACAGACGACGAAACUGUCUGUAAAUCACAGUCUGUCUGCAGACAUGUCAUCCAGGGCUGACAGUAAGACAGCCUCCCAGUUUGCGUCUCUCACCUUGAGGCUGAAGGACAAGCUCCACCCACCACGAAUCAGAAGCUCUGAGCGAAUCAAACACACCCAGAGUCAAAGAGUCAAACCGCCUGACCUGCACCUGCAGCAACACAAGUCUGGUGGUGUUCUGGUGGACCAGCAGCGGGCCGUCCUCAGCUCCCUGCAGUACUUCAAAGCUCUGGUGGACAGACUGGGAGUGGACAGACCCGGCCGUGACAAACUGGUCCUGGAUCAGUUGGUGGUGGGCGGGCUGUUGGGCGGGGCUUCCACUGGUGUCCUGGAGGCGGUCCAGACUCUGGUCCAGCUGGAGCCACACCUACACAACAGCAGGACCAUCUCCACCUGUCUCACGCGUCUCUACCACUCUCUGGCUGAGCUGAUUCGCUGGGCCGACCAGGUGAUGCUGCAGGGCGUCUCCCACGACAACAAGGAGUCAACAGAGAGCGUUACCUCCAUGAUUAGGGCCGUGUUGGACGACGUCAAGGAGCUGGUUCGACUGGCUGCAGAGAGACAAGAUGUCUCCGCCCCCUUGUCUCCUGUCCAAUCACAGUCAGAAAACCAAGAGAUAUCUGAAAGGACAGUGGGGGAGGAGGAGACCGUCUUAGCUCCGCCCAAACCUCCAAUGCCCCUCCCAGAGCCCCUCCCCCUGGGCCAGAGUCCUCCAGCUCUGCCUCCUAAGAAGCGUCACUCAUCAUCAGGCCCCGCCUCCUGCAGGGUUGCCAUAGUAGCACCAUGGAGACGAGAGCCUGACGAGGACAGACAGGUUCAACAGGAGUGUGAGGACGACUGUUGGAAGCGGCCUCCUGCUGCUGCUCAGAACACACACUGUGAGGACGACCCAGACUACGACUUCCUCCUCACAGACCAGUCAUCCUCGGAGACGCUGCCUCCUCUGGCCCCCGCCCUGCCAGAGAAGAGACGACGCAGCACCGCAGGAAUGACUCUCUCUCAUGCCCUUCCUACCUUUGGAUUUGACUCCGCCCUUCCGGGUCAGAACCCCGCCCACUGCAAUGAUGUCACAGAUGAUAAUGAAACUGGCUCCUCCCCUCUGUCCCCCAGCAAGACUCCGCCCCCUCUCCCCGAGAAGAAACGACACAUCCACCAGUACCUCCAGUUCUGUUCGUCCUACACUGAUCAGUCAGCAGUCAGUUUCUAUCAGAGACACAAAGGCAGGCAGCGAGAGCAGGUGUCACACUCUCACCUGGACACUGACUCCACCCCCUCACCUGAGCAGCUCCCAGCUCCUGCUCUACCACUGAAGAAGAAGCAGCAGGAUUCAGGUGACAGACAGCCUGAGGAAAGUCAGAGCAGAGACAGCCCGCAGCAGGAUCCAAGAGUCUGGAGGAGCAGUGAGGAGGAGGUGGAUGAGGUGUUACUGACCAACCAGCAGGAGAUCCUUCACAGAAUCACCAUGAAGGCCGAGGUAAUGCCCAAACCACAGAACCCUGACCCUGGACUCCUGACUCCUGACUCCUGAACCCUGAACCCUGAAUCCAGAACCCUGACUCCUGACGCCUGAACACUGAUCCCUGACUCCUGAAACUUGACUCCUGAAC